GUACCCUGAUGAAGUUACAUCACUGCUCAAACAUGCCCCAUAUAAUGGCAUAAUCACGCCAUCUGAGAAACAAGUACGCAAUAUGGUGUUGAACUUCGGUCCGCAGCACCCUGCUGCUCACGGAGUGCUUCGUUUGGUGCUUGAGCUUGAUGGAGAGACAGUUCGUGCAGCGGAUCCUCACAUCGGACUGCUCCACCGUGGCACAGAGAAGCUUAUUGAGUACAAGACAUACACACAAGCGCUGCCAUACUUCGAUCGACUAGACUACGUUUCCAUGAUGUGCAAUGAGCAGUGCUACAGUUUGGCGGUAGAGAAGUUGCUUAACAUCGAUGUGCCUCUGCGUGCCAAGUACAUUAGAUGUCUGUUUGCGGAGUUAACUCGCAUACUAAAUCAUAUUAUGGCCAUCGGCACCCACGCGCUCGACGUAGGCGCACUCACGCCAUUCUUCUGGUUGUUCGAGGAGCGAGAGAAGAUGAUGGAGUUCUAUGAGAGAGUCAGCGGCGCUAGGAUGCACGCCGCUUACAUUAGACCUGGAGGAGUAGCUAUUGAUAUGCCAUUAGGUCUCAUGGACGACAUCUACGAAUUCAGCAGCAAGUUCGCAGAGCGCAUCGACGAGGUGGAAGACGUGCUGACCACCAACCGUCUGUGGGUGCAGCGAACCAAGGAUAUUGGUAUAGUCACCGCACAGGACGCCCUCAAUUAUGGAUUCAGCGGCGUGAUGCUCCGCGGGUCGGGCAUCAAGUGGGAUCUCCGCAAAUCGCAGCCGUACGAUGCCUACCAUCUGCUCGACUUCGACGUGCCAAUCGGCACCAACGGGGACUGCUACGAUAGAUACCUGUGUCGAGCUGAGGAGAUGCGUCAGUCACUCCGCAUCAUCGAGCAGUGCCUCAACCAAAUGCCGGCUGGAGAGAUCAAGACAGAUGAUUCCAAGUUAACACCGCCUUCUAGAGAAGAAAUGAAGACAUCAAUGGAAGCACUGAUCCACCAUUUCAAGCUGUUCACACAAGGUUACCAAGUUCCACCAGGGUCCACCUACACAGCCGUGGAGGCGCCUAAGGGAGAAUUUGGCAUCUAUCUUGUCUCUGAUGGUGGUUCUAAACCUUACAGGUGCAAAAUCAAGGCGCCUGGCUUCGCUCAUCUUGCUGCUUUAGAGAAAAUCGGUAAAGGGCUAAUGUUGGCUGAUAUUGUCGCUAUUAUCGGCACCCUUGACGUUGUCUUCGGUGAGAUCGAUCGGUAAAUUAUUUAUUGUGAUAGAACAAUUUUAGCUUUUAAGUGUAUCUCAGGAUUGUAAAUUGACAAAAAAUGUAUUUGUACAGUGCGUAAGCUAAAUAAAGGAAAAAUAAAGUAUGUUCAAAACUAAUAUUACUGAUUUUUUAUUACAUUUCGAAUUUGUGUGAUAUAAAUUGUCUUUUUAAAUAUAAGUCAUAAUAUUUGUUUAUACACUAUACUUUAUCGUCUUUAUUCAUUUAAAGCUCUAAAAAAAUUAUUUUUUUGGCAGUACAA